AUGCGACCGUCCACCCUCGAGCGCGGGGCAAAGACGCAGGAGCUUGGGCUAAAGCGUUCUUCCCUGGAGCUUGAAGGGGAUUCUCAGGAUGGCGAUGCGACUUUCUACAAACCACUUCCAAAGGCAGACUUCCCGGCGUUUAACUGGGACAAUGCGGAUUUCUAUGACUGGUCAGAGGGAUAUAGUGCAGAAUCUCGUCGUGUUGAUUAUACGCUCCAAAAUACCGUGAGGUCCCUUUGUGGGUGGCUUCUUACUGGCAGACAGCAGCCUUGGCUGCCGUGUGUUGCCGUGAAAAUCCUCGUAUCGGGACUGGCGAAUGUAGGCCUAUGGCCCCUAUCGUGGCAAACGUGUAGAGAAUUUGAAGUAGAGGAAAUUACUAUCUCUCACUGCAGCUUCAGAAUUGCUCAUUAUACAGAUCCUGAGGAACCUCUUCGUUGCAGCGAGGUGCUUCCCAUUGUUGUAUACAUGAAAUGGAGAAUGAGACUUCUCGCCUACGAUCAACGAUACAUUUCCCCGACACGUUGCCUCUUUCAUGAACAAACAGGAGACCUGCUCGUGAGCCAAGCGUUUCCUCUUCUGGCGUCGUAUCUCCAUGACCAAAACCAAUUAUCCCUUUUCACGAGGUACCUAAUGUUAAACUUCGUCCAUCUAUGUCCAUUUUUCGAUCUAAAGCAGGUAUCUUGCAGGCGUUCCAUGAUGGGAGGCAUCUUCACAUCUCCAAGAGCAAGUUCUAUGAUUUUAAGGAGAAUGUCAGAGAAAACUGAUACCCUGCGACGACACCAUCACUACUCUCCCCAUCGAUGGCAAGAAGCUAAAUGCUCGCACUUGUCAAUUAUCUUGAUCGGCUCCUGA